UGUUUUUUACACUAAAAGUGAGUCAAAAUCCUGCUCUUGUUUCCAUCUGCUUACAGUGGUCUCCUAGAUAACUUAUAAAUUCUUCCCAUUCUUUUAUAAAGUUUUUGUCCUCUUGGUUUCUGAGUUUUCCAGUCAGCUUUGCCAUCUUGGCAUAAUCCAUCAACUUGGUUUGCCAUUCUUCUUUGGUACGGACUUCAUCUUCUUUCCAUCUCUGGGCUAGUAGCAUCCGAGCGGCUGUUGUUCCAUACAUAAAAAGCCUUUGGAAUGUUGGCACUGUAAUUCCUAAUAAAAAGGCUUCUGGGUUUUUAUUUUAGCAAAAGUUAUUUUAAAUAUUUUUUUUCAUUUCAUUAUAUAUCAUCUCCCAGAAAGCUUUUAUUACUUUACAAGUCCACAUAUGAUAAAAGGUACCUUCUUUUUCUUUACAUUUCCUGCAGAUAUUUGAACAUUUUGCUAACUUUGUAGCAGAAGGGGUCAGUUUCAAUCCCUGCCACCUCCAUGGUCUGACUUGAUCAAAUGCAGCUUCCUAUGUUCCAAUUGAACUAUAAUUCCUAUCAGGCUUUGUUAGCAUAGCCUGUGGUCAGAAAUGAUGGGAGUUGUAGUCCAACAAUAUCAGUCUGUCCCUCCUUCCCUUACUGUAUGUCUUGUUUCCAGGGAAAACUCUGAAGUCUUAUCCUGGCUGGUCUUCCUUCCUUUAACCUCCCUCAUAUUCAGUUAAAGUAGGUUUCUGACAUCAUUUAAGUUUCCAACGUUAUGCUCCAACCAUUCCCCGAAGGGAUCUGCCAAUCCGUUCACACAGCUGGUUCGCAGAAAUAAGCGUCCCCUUCGAAAACUUUCCAAGAAGGCUUGGGUCAGACUUUAUCUCAAGCCGUUCGUGUUGUACACAUUCAAAGCAGGAAACGCCUCUUCUGAUGCAACUAUUGCCUUAUAAACGGUGACAAGCAGAAGUUGGGGUGCCAGGCAGUCACAUCACCGAGGAUUGGACGUUGCCUAUGAGAGGUUCACAAUCUGCUCCAGAGGAAUAGCUGUGUUGGUCUCUUAGCAGCAAAACCACAAUUGCCAAUGGCACCUUAUUGUGGCCAGAGCUGUUAAGGCAAUAACUGUACAGAUGAAAUGAAUUUUGUUUGCCUUUGUGGUUAAGGAGAGAAUAAGGCAUCUGGGUUGCAGUGACUCCUAUGGAGAACGUGCUUAACUCACUAAAAAGCGUCAGUAUUGAAUGGGAGAGCAGAAGAUUUCGGCUCCUGGGGAAAAACUGCCAAGAAAACACUGCAGAAUCCUGGGUGGAUUCCUACUGAAUGGCGCUCACCGUAGCACGACCCCAGGAAGUGCUCAUCCAGGCUCUCUUUUAGAAUAAGUAACCUUUGAGGAAAUGUUGGAUUCGGUCAAAUGCGUCCUGGUAGGAGAUGCGGCUGUCGGGAAAACGGCUCUGCUGCUGCGCUUUACUUCGGAGACUUUCCCGGACACUUACAGACCCACUGUUUAUGAGAACACCGGGGUCGACGUCUUCCUGGAUGGUGUCCAGAUUAGCUUAGGCCUUUGGGACACGUCUGGCAGCGAUGCCUUCAAAGGCAUCCGCCCCCUUUCCUACCAGCAGGCUGACGUGAUUCUCCUGUGCUACUCGGUGGCCAACCAGAACUCGUUCCUCAGCUUGAGGAGCAAAUGGGUUACGGAGAUCCGGACACACUUGCCUCGUAUUCCCAUUUUGGUGGUGGCUACCCAGAUUGACCAGAGGGAGACAGGACCUCACAGUGCCUCCUGCAUCAGCCCGCUGCUCGGGAAGCGGCUGGCGAGGGACAUCCGAGCAAAGGCCUUUGUGGAGUGCUCAUCUCUCGCCAACAGGGGCGUCCAGAAGGUGUUUGAGUGUGCCGUCCGGACAGCGGUGAAUCAAGCAAGGAAACGAGCCCGGAGGAAACUUUUCUCAAUCAACGAGUGCAAGGUCUUUUAAACUCUGACUUGGCCUCUUCCGCCUCUCUCACAAAAUGGACUCCGUUUUGUGAGGCAGAAGGGCACUGACGCAAAGGCUGACAAACAGGAGCGCACGGUGUUAGCAUUCAUGAUGGGUCGUGACUGGCACGGGGGGGAGGACUUCCUUUGCAGAGAACAGAAUGGGGCUACCCUUCCUCAUAAGGAUGUGAUGGUCCCAUUUGGCUCCCAGCAGCAUCAACAGAAGGAAAGCUGAACUGGAGACUUUUGAACAGGAGCACGUUGUUAGCAUUGUGGGGGAUUUUGGAAUGUAUUUAUUCCAUGGCGGUGGAAAUCUUGCUUUUCAGUGAAGCAUCAUGGAUUGGACAAAUCUGAUGGAGACUUGCGCAGGUUUUCUUCCAGGGCCAUGGCUUUCAUCAAACUACGACCAGGGUUUUAGUUUGAUAAUGGGUGCUGGAGAUUGGGCUCCUGAAACUACCAACCAACCCACCUCACACAUGACAGCAGCCCCCAGGAUUACCUGGGGACUCGGUGGGGGAUCAGUGGUGUAGCUACACAAAUUGAUUUUGUUUAACUUGGUUUAAUUUAUAACUUGAAUUUGGUGUCAGCCCGAUGUCUGCGGAAGCAAAUUCCUAGUGUGAAGAAAAUUGGACGAAACUAUUCUGUCUACUCAAGUGUGGAGAGUUAAUUCUGAUCAUUCUGACGCAGCUAAAGAUCAGUGGAGUGGUGGCGAGAAAUGCUUUUAAUAGCUAUGUGGCAGAAAGUAAUAAGUCCUGCAAGCAUAAAUUACUGUCUUGGUGGUAUUGUGAUGAGACAAGCUACACUUAGUUGCUUCUUCAUACCAGAUCAAGGCAGAGAUUCUCCCUUUAAGAAGUAGGCAGCUCUUCUGUCUGCCCUGGAAUAUGAACACAAAGGAAUUAGUGAGGUGACCAUUUAUUUUAUUUUUUCUGGUAAGCUUCCUGUGUGUGCCACAGGUUCCUGGUGGGCAGAAAUUCAACAGGAUCAAAGCAUUCCUCACCCCUGGAACCCCAUUCCUGACAAAGCUCCACCUGUUGAAAUUCUGUCUGCAUAUAAAGGCCAGAAGAAAAAAAAGAGAGCAACCUUUACAAAAUACAUGGUUUUGUCGGAGGGUCCAAAAGCCAGGUUCAAAAUGAAACUGACCAUUUAUAUACGAGACCUAAACAUGUGAAUCUAAAGCUAAGAAGUGUGUAAUACAUAUCUUUAAGUUCCCAGGAUGAAAUUUAACGCCCUUUAACAGUAGCUUCCCUGCAGGGAAGUCAUACCUGUAGAAAACAAUCCAUGAAGUUGAUUAGUUGGGAUUGUUAACAGCUCAAACUGUUGGCUGUUUAGAUAUUGUCAUUAACCUUACUAGAUACAAGGAUGUAAUCUGGAAGCAGUUUUGUUGGAGAAUUAGGGUGGAUUUUCGUCCAACACUCACCUCUUCCCUGCAAUCUACACGCAUUCUAAGAAGAUAAGAAUUAUCUUGUUAGGUGGGUCAUACCAGGGUUUAUCCUUCUGGCCCAAUUAUCCUGUAUCCAAAAAUGGCCAGUCUCGCAUAUCCGAAAGCUCUGUGGCCAGACAUGAACAGUUCUCCCUCUAGUCUUCACCUCCUGUUACUCACAAGUAGAUUGCCUCUGCACAUGGCAACUUAGAUAUCAUGAUUUGCAACCUUCAUGGAUCCUUCAAACUACUUGUCAUUGCCACCUAUGGUGGGGGGUCCCUGAGAUAAUUAUGCAUUGUGGAACUAUUUCUUUUUAAAAAUAUAUCCUGGAAUUAUUAUUUUUUAAAAAAUAUUGAAACGCUGUCUAGAUUGAAUUCCCCACUUGGCCUUGCCAAUCCAUGCACCGUAGAUGACUUCAAGUGCAGAACCUCUGCAUGGGGCUGCCAACUUUUUAAGCAGCUCCGGCUCCUGUGCCUUUGACAACAGGUUGCUGUGCAGAGGUCACUUAUUCUUGUGCCAAAAAGGGCUUCUCCUCCUGAUUUUUGCAGAUCAAGCUGCAGGGAAGGGCACAGGUUCAAACCAAGACAUCUUUUUCCCUGUUCAUUUGGCAGUCCUGUCUACACAUGUAGUGUAAUAGUGCAAAAUAUAUUCUAACAUUCUCUGCAUAUUUGAAUCGGAAUUAUAAAUGACAGGCUGAGAAUACAGGAAGUUGUUAUCAAAACAUGUGACCAGCACAUCCUGAGAACCCUUUCAGUGCUUUGUCAUGAACUGUGCUUUGCGGUCUCAGUUCAACUACCAGUGAUUACACCGAUGAGAUAAUCCAUAUUUAAUUUUCAAGAACUUCUUUGCUUGCUGUGACACCCAAGGGUGAGUGGGAAGAAUGGAAACUGCUUCCCACUUUGAGGUCUGCCAAGACCGUGCUUAAAUUAGACACCUAGGUGGAAGAGAUUAAAGGAGGUGCUCACAAAUGCUGUUUCCUGUACAAAUAGGAAGCUUUUAGGGCACAUAAAGUAGUGCUAAUGAUUUAAACGGAACAGGUGAGAUACGAAUUACAGCCUUCUGUUUCUGAUGUUAAAUGUCCACUUUAGAUGAGCACUAAAACAGCAUAUGCACCAUUUCCUCAUGUAUAUGUUUCUGAACUCUAGUUUUCUUGAAAUAAAAAUCAUAUAAAGUCGUUUGUGUCAAACAGCGUCUUUUUGUCCCUUAAGGAGGGUCUUUUGGGAUGACGAAAUGGGAAGGCAAAAAGUGGUCUGCUUUGUUCCCGGUCCAUAGCUUCUGGCUGAAAUCCGCUUUUAAGUUCUUACACCACAAAUGUUUGGGGUUCUUUUCCUAGUUCUUUUGCUGCUCUGUCAGGCAAGCGUGCUCCUCCAAACAGGAAUGACGCAGCAGCAUUGGGAAAUAUUGCAGCAUUAAUGAAGCUUAAUACUGUGCGGAUGUCAAGGACUGGACUGAGGAGGAAUGGCGGGAACCGCCCUCCCUCUCUUCCUGCACCUUCCCGAGAAGAGGAGGACAGUAUAGAUUUAGAACAGUGGUUUGCAGAAGGUCAUAGUUCAGAGGCUGCAGAGGAGAGAAGCUGGGAAAUAUUGGGAGAGCAGCAGGAUGAAGAAGCACCAGGGGAGAGACAGCUGACAGGCUCAAUGUCUCUGGAAAGCCUUCCUGAACCCCCCCCCCCCCCUCUCCCAGGACCAGGCAUACAUUGAGAGUAGGAAAACAGAAAGCUCAGGGGCAGAAAGCACAGAUCAGCUGGUGCAGGGGUGACUUU